CUCUCGCGCACUACGUUUCCCGGCAUCCUCAGCGCUCUCCCCGUGUCGGAGGCCACAGCUCUGGCUAAUGCUCCCUAGCAGUGUCUAGUCACGUGUGGCUUCCGCUGAUCUGUUUUCCUGGGCACAGUGAGGUCUCCCCCUUCCUGCAGUUCCCCCUCACUCGGGUUGUUUUGUCCCCUGCGCCUUCGUUUCUUUUUUUUUUUUUUUUGUUUUCUUUUUUUUUUGUUUUUGUUUAGUUCCUACUUCGCCUUCACCACGGAUCUGCCCUUCCACCCCGUCUGAUCUCCCCGGGUCACGGCUUCCUCCUUGCGGGUAUAUGAAAGCAUGAGCGAUAACGAUGACAUCGAGGUUGAAAGCGACGAAGAAUCUUCGAGAUUUUACGGCUCGGCAGACAAAAGAGCACACCACAAUGCACUGGAGCGCAAGCGCAGGGACCACAUCAAGGACAGCUUUCACAGCCUAAGAGACUCCGUCCCUUCACUCCAAGGCGAAAAGGUAACAGUCUAUGGACAGGCUUCACGGGCUCAAAUACUGGACAAAGCCACAGAAUAUAUACAGUAUAUGAGAAGGAAAAAUCACACACACCAGCAGGACAUCGAUGACCUAAAGAGACAAAACGCUCUGUUAGAACAACAAGUCCGUGCACUGGAGAAAGCGAAAUCCAAUUCUCGCCUUCAGUCGAACUACUCCUCAUCGGACAGCAGCCUUUACACCAAUCCCAAUGGCAGCACCAUAUCCGCCUUUGACGGAGGAUCCGACUCGAGCUCAGAGUCCGAACCCGAGGAACCCCAAAGCAGAAAGAAGCUACGGAUGGAAGCGAGUUAAGCAGACACAAGCAAUAAAACCAGCAGCCUGUACCGAGCUCCUCCACGUCAGGCCCUCCUUCGCCCGUAAAUAGGCCCUGUUCAGCUCCUCUAAGGACUUCUGCCUAAUGUUUUUGUUUGUCCAACGCCGCCUUUCCUUUCCCCCCUUAUCAGUGAGUUAUCGGACAGCAUUUUUCUUUUCCCCUCUAUAUCCCCCCCCCCUAUAUGUUAUUUAAACCUCCUUGACACGUCCAUGCUCGCCAUUAUACAGAUCUGCACUUGGCGCGUCGUCACUGACGCGUUAUUACCCGCAAUACUUGUCUGCAGUUUGACCUUCGUACGACAGGUAUCACAAGGUGAAGAAAGCAGGUUGGGGAAACCUGAAAAAACACCCAAAUACGUGUAUUUUAUAUAUAUAUAUAUUAUUUUUUUUUUACACAGAGUCAUUUACGCUUCCAUUAGGAUCAGUUUUGCAGAAAAGCGGAGGUGUUGCCGCGCCACGUAAGAAAUUCCAAGUACUUGGUGCUGCUGCCGGCGACCUCCUGGGUGAUUAUUAGCAUUAAUCUUCACAUUUCUGAAUCCAUUUGAAAAACGCUUUAUUUUUUUUUGUGCAUUUUUUAUUUUUAUUUUUUAAAUUUUAUUUGCAUUUCUUUUCAC